UUGUUUGCUCAAACCAUGCCAUAAUGCAAAAAAGGGGGACAACAGUGCACUAAAACAAAAGGAAAGUAAAUUUAGAAAGUAGCCGUAAUGAGUUGACACUUAUAUAAAGGCAGUAACGUACAACUUAGAGAGACGGCUCCCUUCUCUGUUCAUUUUCGGCAGCAAAGUAAGAACAGAAGAUAAGUUAUUAUAGAGAUGGGGAAUUGCCAAGCCAUUGAUAAUGCAGCUUUGCUAUUACAACACCCAAAUGGCAAAGUAGAGAAACUUUAUUCAUCUGUCACUGCUCACCAAAUCAUGAAAAUCAAUUCUGGUCAUUACGUUUCUCUUCUUCUCACCACCACCACCACCACUACAACCAAUAAUAAUACCCCAGUACGUAUUAGGCGAAUAAAGCUUCUCAAGCCUACAGAUUCACUUGUUCUUGGUCAGAUAUACAGACUAGUUACUGCUCAAGAGGUAAUGAAAGGAUUGUGCGCAAAGAAGUAUGCGAAGCUGAAACAGUUAGAAUAUUCAUGUGAAAAAUUGACACAGAAAUCAACUUUAUAUCCUAUAGAAGAUGUUAGAAGAUCUAUUCAGGAGAAUUCUAAACAGGUUAAACAGGAAAAGCAUAGAAACUCAACAGUUGGAAAAUGCAGAGGAUGGCAUCCUUCAUUACAGAGUAUAUCAGAGGCUGCCUGCUGAUUUGUGAUGAUUCUAUUAUUUGAUUAAUUAAAUUGUUCUUCUCUAUGAGAUUCUGGAGAAAAGAGUGUUCCCUUUUUUUUUUGUCACAUGUAUAGCAAAAGAGAGAAGAAAAAAAAAAGAUUUGUCACAUCUUAAUUUUUGAAUCAUUUGGAGGCAUUUGUUCAAUUGAAAUUAUUAAUGUAGCCUGUAGGCUUUGUUGUAUGCACCAAAGUUUGUGUACUUGAAGUACUACUAUUAAUUUGAUAAAUGUAAUGAACUUAGUACAUUUAUUGAGUA